GUGUGCGCGCGCGCGCGCGCUACACAUCCCCAGUUCAAGGAAGCGCAGAAUGGUUCCCAGACGUUCUAAGCGUAAUAGCGCUCCCUCAUUCGCUGGCGCAGAUUAUUGGCUCCUUUUCUACGAGUGAGAGCUUGUUGAACCAAUCCAAAACUACUCGUCUUUAGAAAGACGUUUAUAAGGCAAAACUCAGUUUUGAAGGAAGCAGGGGUGAGAUAAGCCUACUACUCCAUCCUAUUCCCCUUCCCCGACUCUCCGUCUCCCCUCCAUUCCUAACGCCAAUGGUUUGCCCCAUUCCCACCUCCUCAGGCUCCCGGCAGCCUGUUAGAGUCAAGUGAUGCCGGUAGAAGCUGGGAUUUGCGGGCGUCCGGCGCGUGGAUGCCGAGCCGGGCCCUGAUUGGGCGACUUCGGCGGCUUCCGGUCCUGAGCACCGGCCUGCGGCUGAGGGCUGGAGCUGCUGGGCCGGAGCUGGGCCCGCCGUGGAUGCUGAGGGCGGGAGCCGCCUGGCCGCGCGGGACCUCGGUGGUGAGCCACCUUCGAGCAGGGCGAGCCCUCCGCAGCAGCCGCGCCGGCAACCCUCAAGCCAAGCCGCGAGGGAUCCUCAGCGGGCCUCGCUCUCCCUCAGCCAUGCCUGGCCGGGCCAAGGCCUCGCUGGGUGGCGGCGCCGAGCAGCCUGAGGACUUGGAGAGCAGUCGCGGGGCCAAGGCCGGCACAGCCCAAGAGGAGCCUGAGGCGGAAGCGGGAGGCGAAGGAGACAAGGCCGCGGCCGCCAGCGAGCCCAGCCCCAACCUGGGGGAUCCCGAGAUCGUCAAGUCCCCCAGCGAUCCCAAGCAGUACAGGUGGGCGCGGGGAGGAGGAAAGGGGAGGGCGAAGGCGUAAGGAUGGGGAAGCGCCUCUCAGGUGCGUCAAGCGUAGCGUAAAUGAACUACACGAGACAUUUCUUGUGCCGGUCAGCACCGUAGUUUCCCCUCCUUUUAUCCUGAUCGGCCGCCAGAAGGUUUGUGGUUGGGGAGGUUGGGUAGAGCAAUCCCGGGGAGAAGGGAUGUCGCUUUCCAGCGUGGUAGGCCCGGUUAUCAGAAGCAGGGGCAUAGCUGUCAACUUUCAGAUUUGAAAAUAAGGGAUCAGCAGCCUUUAAAAUAAGGGAUCAGUAGCCUCACCUGUCCCAGGGACAGUCUACGGGAUAGCUAACAAUCCGGGAUAGCAGCGGGAAGCAGCAGGAAACGGCGCUGGAAUAAGGGAAUUUCCUGCAAAAAAGGGAAGUUCACAGCUAUGGGCAGGGGAAAUAUAUUCAUGUUUCUUUUAAAAGUCAUGCAAGCCACGGGCCAUUGCAUUAUGUGCUAUAGAAGAUGCUACUGGCCACUAGCUUAGAUGCAUUUAAAAGGCGAAGUUGGUGGAGAUAUAUCCCGCAUGAUUCUAUUGAGUGGCUCUUAGCCAGGAUGGCAACAUGAAACUUCCAUGUUCAGAACAUAGCUGUCAACUUUUCCCUUUUCUUGUGAGGAAUCCUAUUCGGAAUAAGGGAAUUUCCCUUAAAAAAAGGAAAACGUUGACGGCUAUGGUUCAGAAGCAGUUUAUCACUGAGUGCCAAAUGGAGUGACAUUCCCAAAGGCAUGUGGUUAGCCACUGUUCUGGAUUAGGCGGACUUCAGUCUGAUCCCACAGGGUUCCUAUGUACUCUGUAUUCGUAAAAUAGCUUGCCACCUUUGUCAGCUCAAUUCCAGCAGAUGCUCUUUGUAGAGAGCCAGUGUUAGAUGAGAUAAUUAGACUGGACCAGUUACGGGUAGGUAGCCGUGUUGGUCUGCCGUAGUCGAAACAAGACUUAAGGUCAGUUCCCUACUCAGCCAUUAAAUUCACUGGGUGAGUUUAGACAAGUCAUACUCAUGGUCAUUUUGAGAACAAAAUGGGAUAAGGCACAUAUGCGGUGGUCAUUGUAAUCAGUAACUUCCUGUGAGAUUACCUACUCUUUCCCCAUUUGUGUUCCACUUCUCAGCUUACAGAAGGAGGACUUUCAUAAGGACUUUUGUUUCUUACAUAUUUGUUGCCUCUAGCAACUAAUCUUUAGUCAUAGUCUUGAGAUUUUAGCUGGAUCUGCUGGUAAAUAGAACUGACAAGAAAGUUUUGCAGACUUUACACUGAGUAGUUGAUUUCUGUGAAGAAUCUGAGUCUGUGUGUGCUCAUUUUCAGGCUUUUUCCUUAAAGGUGGGGAAUAGCAGUAGCUUACCACCACUGCCCCAGUUAUGUAUCAACUUGAUAUUGCACCUUUGAUUUGAGAAUUUCAGGACUGGUUUCAAGGGGACAAAUAAGAAAGAAAGCAUUACAUCAUGACUUACUUUCCUAACUGAUUCCUCCCCCCCCCCCCUUUUACUAACUAGCAUUUGGUCUGGUAUUGUUUACAAUUUUCUUAUGUAACCAAAACCUGGACAAUGUUGAUUUGGCUGAACUGGAUUCUUUUCCCGCCGCCCGUCAGCACUGUUAUCUAAGUCAUAUAAUAAGAGGUUAUGAUCUUGGUUAUCAGUAACUUGAUCAUGUUGAGUGAGGUUACUUGUUACUUUAUAAUUCUUCAAAGAAAGGAAUAAUUUGGCAUAAAGAAGAAAAAUCACUACCACAUGAUGUGGUGAUGACCACCAACUUGGAUAGGUUUAAAAGCAGGUUAGACAAAUUCAUGGAGGGGAUAGUCUUACUAGUCGUGAUGGUAAAACACUAUCUCCAGAAAUAGAGUGCCUCUGAAUAUGAGUUACUGGGGAACAACAGCAAGAGAGGGUUGUUGCCCUCUAGUCCUGCUUGUGGGGUUAAAGUAAAAAAAGUAAUUGUAUAUGUAUUACAAACAUGGAAUUUUAUUCCAACCAUUAAAUGUAAAACUGCACUCUUAUAACCAUAUAAAUACCAAGUGCCUGUUAAAAACAUAAACAUUAGUGUACUUUAAUAAUAAAGGUAAAGGUAAAGGGACCCCUGACCAUUAGGUCCAGUUGUGACCCACUCUGGGGUUGCAGCGCUCAUCUCGCUUUAUUGGUCGAGGGAGCCGGCGUACAGCUUCUGGGUCAUGUGGCCAGCAUGACUAAGCCGCUUCUGGCAAACCAGAGCAGCACACGGAAACGCUGUUUACCUUCCUGCUGGAGCGGUACCUAUUUAUCUACUUGCACUUUGACGUGCUUUCGAACUGCUAGGUUGGCAGGAGCAGGGACCGAGCAACAGUCGCUCACCCCGUCGCGGGGAUUCAAACCGCCGACCUUCUGAUCGGCAAGUCCUAGGCUCUGUGGUUUAACCCACACCGCCACCCGCGUCCCUUUAAUAAUAAAUAGGUAUAAAUUCAGAAGCCAAAACCAAGGGUCAGCUAACCCUUGUGCUGGUUGCAGAAGCCUGCACAAGGCAUUCUGCAAGCACAGCAGGGCUUUAUGUCUCUCCUUCACCUAUGUGCCUCCCAUAGAUCCUCUCUAGAGAGUCAGGAGAACUUCUAGAACUGUGCAUGGGGGAAGGAAAGGGGAGUUUUUUGUUUGGCAACCAGAAAUGCUUGCACUGACAGAACGCUUAUAUUAGUGCAAUGUUUAAUUGCAUCCUAUGUAAUUAUACUUGUAAAAUGUAAAUCUGCACAUUGAAAUUGCAACUUGAAUGUGAGCAUAAAUGCUACAUCUACUUUGUCUUAUGGAAAACAACCUGCUGUAGAGAUAGAAAAGGUCUAACCUGAAUUUCCAGUAUUAAAUAGAAAGCUGUGAUUGACUGCAAUUUUGUGUGGAUGAAUAGAAGAGCAUCGCGCUGUAGUUGCAUUUCUGUGAUGAAAGCUUUAUUUUUCUUGCAUUGGGGUUUAGAGCGGUAACACUUUUGAUUUAAAGCAGAACGAUUGGUAAGGAUUGUGUGUAAGUCUCUCCUUGCUCUUACCACUUUUGCCUGUGCUGAAUUGUGAGUGCACAGCUUUGCCCUCAUCAUUUUUAAGGCACCUCUCCCAGGAAGUGAGAGGAGCAGUGGUGCAGCUCACAUUCUGAAUCCAACCACUUUUAGUCUUGGAGGCUGCUAGUUGGCCAUCCAUGCAAACAGAUGUGACCUACAGGCUGCUGUUGAGCCUUCACCAUUCCUCCCCAAAAGCCCCAAGUAGAAUUUGUUCCUUUUCCAUUGUUGUUAUGCUGUCUAUAUCUCUGUAAGGUGCCCUAAUGUAGAAUACUUCAUUAACACCAAAACAGUCCUGGCAGCAUUGUGUCUUGUCUUGCAAUGUAAUUGCCAAGGUAAAUGCAUAUUUUUUAUUAGUUCAGAAAGGCAAGAAUUACUGUUUAGCAAAUAUUAAUGGGUAGUAUACAACCAAGUCAUAUUCAAUAGGCAAUUGAAAUGUAGACUCAAGUUAGUCAUCAUGAUACAACCCUUAUACAAGAACAAAGUUCGUUGUUAUUUUAAAUUGUUUUUAAUAUUGUAUUUUAAAGCUGUAACUUGCCCUGAGACCUUAGGGUGAAAAGUAGGUAAUUAAUAAUAAUUAUUAUAAUGAUGAUAAUAGUAAUGAUUGCAGGGACACAGAGGCAAAUACAGGGAUGUUCCAUUUUAUUUUAUUUUCCUAGGGCAUUAAGAAGCCAAUGGAAAGGGUCAUCAUCCUGAUGAUAAUAUUACCUGUCACUUUGUAGGUACAUCAAACUGCAAAAUGGCUUAUGUGCAUUGCUGAUUUCGGACUUGAAUAACCCAGACGGUAGCCCUUGUGCAGUGUCAGAGGAUGAGGAUGACUCUGAGGAAGGCACGGAUGAAGAUGAUGAUUCUGGAGCAGAAAUAGAAGAUGACCAAGAGGGAUAUGAUGAUGAAUGUGGAUAUGAUGAGGAUCUUGAUGACCCUGAUAGUGAAUUAGAAGAGCUAGGAGAGAAAGAGGAAACAAGGAAGAGGAAUAGCACAGAAAAACAGGUAUGGUUUGAAUAAUGAUAACAACUGACCAUGAGUGGUUUGGUGCAGAGGACAAAAAUACCACAUUGCUACUUUUGAUAUUUUAUUCAUUUCUGUACUGGAAACUCAUAUAAAAUACAUCUACAGGGUGUAUAAAAUUCCAGCUAAAACCCAAACAAUAUAACAAAUAAAUUCCAAAGGAAAACACGUUAAUGAAAGAGAAGUUCAAAGUGAGUGACGAGAGUUUUUAAAAAAACCAAUAAAUCAUUUUCAGAAGAUGUCUUGCCAUAAUAUGUUAAGUUGGCAGGUUCACUUCAGAGUUGCAGAAGAGAUAGGCUUUUGGCCCUCAGAUAAAGAAAGCAUUACUUUUGUGUCUGCCUUAAACAGAUUCUUAGGUCAUCCUCUGCAGUUUUACAAUUCAGAUUGUUUUCUGUCUUUUAUAGAAUUGAACAGUGUUUACAUCACUUUUCGUGAUUCCCUUGCAGAAUUGUUUUAUAGUGGGCAAUUUAGUAAUCUUAUAAGAUAGUAAUGUUGUUUUCUUAAAAUGCUGUUCUUGUUUUUCUUUUCCCAGUCUGCAGCUGCACUUUGUAUAGCUGUUGGCAGUUUCUCUGACCCUGAAGAUCUGCCUGGGUUGGCACAUUUUCUGGAACACAGUAUGUUUUUUGUUGUUAAAUGUUACCUUGCUGUGUUUUAGCAAAAAUUAAAUUUUCUAGUUUUGCAUCUGUGGAACUCUUUGACAUAAACCCCUGAAAAUCAGCAAUGUAGGAGUCAGCUGCAUUAUUUUCCUGCUUGCAUAUUUGCAAAGUUAGAUAUGAUAUGUCCAUAGAAUAGCAAUAGAUAUCUUAAAACCAGAAGUUGCCCUGCUGAUCUAAAAAAAAAAAAGUUUGUCAAACGUAUGCAACUAGUCUAUUUCCAUUUGUUUCCCUUUAAUACGCCCAAACUUCUUUUUGAACUUGGGGAAUUUCAAGUUUUUUCCAUUAGAAUUAAUACCUGUCUCUUUAACUUUCAUUUUUUCCCCCAGUGGUUUUUAUGGGCAGUGCAAAAUACCCAGAUGAGAAUGGUUUUGAUGCAUUUUUGAAGAAACAUGGAGGCAGUGACAAUGCUUCAACAGACUGUGAACGAACAAUAUUUCAGUUCGAUGUACAGAGGAAAUAUUUCAAGGAGGCUCUUGAUAGGUAUUUUGAUUAUUCUGAAUAAAAAGCUGGAUUUACUGCUUCCUAUUUGAGUAGUUGCUGCUGCUGCACUUGAUUUUUUUUUCAGUUUUCAAGUAGUUUGAAAACUUUGGAUGGUAUCCACUAAGUCAUACUCAGAGUAGACCCAUAACUGCAUAAAUUAGGCUGCAAUCCUACCAGGGAGUAAGCCCCAUUGAAUUCAAUAGGACUUACUUCUGGAUUGCAGUAAUGACUAACAAGUCUAUUGGUUUCAGUAAGUAUGGUCUGACUCUGACCUAGAUACUUCCCAAAGGUUGAAACACUUCAGGUAAAUAUUAGUAAAAAAUAUGCUUCAUUGAAGAAUGAUAUAUUUGUAAAGGAUGUUAAAAAUAAAUAGUUGUAUGGGGUACAAUUACGUUGAGUACUGAGACUUUUGUGGAUCAUUUGCCUUAAUUCAUUUUUGGCAAAAAAUAUAAUUCACUGCCAACAUUGGGUCAUAAAAUUCAAAAACGAAUUCAUACCAAUCUAGAUUUUUAUUAGAGCAGAUAACCAAGACACACAUCAAAGCAUAAUUUCCAUUGGGAAUAAAAAUGUAAUGAAUAUUUUAAGCCUUUGCUUUAGGAUAGAAAGUUUAACAACAGACACUAGAAGAACUUUUUUUUAUGUUAUUACUAAAACUUGAACUUGGUAAAUAUUUUAAAUUGCAACACUUGUACACCUGAAAACUAAUUUUUGUGCAAGCCUGUCAGACUGCCUGGAAAAACAUAUGUCCAAUAUUUUUCUGUUUCAGGUGGGCGCAGUUUUUCAUUCACCCUUUAAUGAUCCGUGAUGCAAUUGAUCGGGAAGUUGAGGCUGUGGAUAGUGGUAAGAAUCCUGAUUUCUCUUGUCACUUGAUAUUUAGUUUUUUGAAAAAAAUAAAAUUUGUUUGGCAUACAAGUAUUGAAAGCAUGUUCCAUGAAGCAGGACAUUUAUACAUGCUUUUAGUACCCAGAGGUCACCAUCGUGGUACUUUCAGGCACACAUGUGCCCACAGGGUCUCUUCCCCAAGCAUUCUCUUGUGUGCUUGGUUGAGGGUUGCAUGUGACGCCCACAACAGUUUCUCUGCUUUUCAAAUUUGCCCAUGGAUUCCAAACGGUUGCCAGACAAAUAAGAUGCAUUCUGAAGUUUUCAGCAACUUACAGAGGAACUUGAAUUUCUAAUUUAUUACUACCUGCAGUAAAGGAUUCACAAAAGGAUUCACAAAACUUCAGAAGUUCAUUUAAACUUGAAAAGGAAGGUGGAUCUUUCAAAAUGGACAGACAAGUUGUUGAUGUUUUCUUAUUACAUAUAUCCAACUUAAAAUGUAUAAAGGAAAAAUUCCUCAUCUCAUCACUUAAGUUGACUAGAAGCAGGUAUUGUAAAGCCUGCAUAUUGAUCCAGUAAGGGCAUUUUCCAUACAGGAGCUGACUUAUGUUUACCACUCAUUCUCUUGAAUGGGUCUUUUGCAUUCAGAAGGGUGCUGCAGAUGAUAAAAAAGCACCCUGCAUUAAGCAGUUAGCAUGUUGUUGGGAUUGAUUUUGGGUUGGCUCUGUGUACAUUUCCAUCAACCACAUGGCUGACAUUGUCAAAGCGAACCCUCUUCAGCCAGUGGAUCUGCAGGAUUCUUUAUAGCAGGGCCCUUUACUAGUUUUGAGUGUUGUUCUUUUUGAUGUAAAAAUAAACACACAAGCCAUGCAUAAAAGCAGUAAGCUAGGUUAAGUAGUUUUGGCAACAGUCCUUCUGAUCUGUUCAUGCUGUUUUGAGCAAAUGAACGUUUUAAUGUGCAUGGCUUUGUUAUAUUCCUAUAGUCAAAGCUGGUUUGGAGGUCUAUAUUAGUUUGAAUCUGAAAACCUUUCUAUUAAACAAACAACAGAAUAUCAGCUUGCAAGGCCCUCUGAUGCAAACCGAAGAGAGAUGUUGUUUGGAAGUCUGGCCAAGUCUGGCCAUCCCAUGAAGAAGUUCUUUUGGGGUAAGUAUUAUUUAUUAUUAUUUUAAAGUGUUUUUAUCCUGUUGUCCAGCUGAAAAGGCUCCCAGAGCAAUAAAAAGCAACACAGGCCGUGCCCUCAGACAUACCACCUAAAAACAACACAAAGGGAAAAGGGGGAAAGAGUUAAAAAGCGAAAUUAGAUACCAGUUCUUAAAGUUACAAAGUUCUUACAACAACUUAACUCUGUCUGAAAUGGUUUAUGGAGAUGAGGAGCUAAAAGGAGCAGGCCUCUCAAUUUACUUAGUAGUUUUCCUGCUUCCCAUCUCCCUCAGUAAUGGAAUGGCUGCUACUAGUUUUAGCCCAAAGGCUAAAUGAAAGUUCCCUCUGGUUGGUCUUCAAGGAAGGUCUCUAAAAAACAGCCGGAGUUUUCUCUCUUUCCUGAUCUCAGUGCAGAGAUAGAAACUCUACCUGCUCCUUAGAUUUCUUUCUGAAGAUCGGGCAGAGCACUUUCACCUCCUUCCUGUGAGCUGGUGGGCCAGGUUUGGCCUGCAGGCUAGUCAUCAAUGGCACAGAGAACCUGUUGGAUCUUGUAUGGUGAUAGAGAACACAUGUGGCCAAGUUAGUGCAAUACACUGAGAAGAUGACAUAACUUGUUUCCCGCAAGCUGCUCAUACACAGAUUAUCCUGAACGUCGUAUGUGGGUGUUGCAGAGAUUUCCUGUCCUCUCUCUUACCAGUUCUCUUUGAGUCCCGCCAUAAGUGCUUAUGUGUUGAUGUUCUGCACAGCUUGUUCCAAGCUGUGGGCAGGGAGGAAGGAAGGCACAUAGUGGGCACGCAGGCAGGAGGAAGGACAGCAAAAUGAGGGGGAUACCACUUUGUUGCAGCUUAAAAUUUAUUUUUCAGCAAGUGGGGUGAAGGAGGAAAAACGUGGACUGGCAAGAUAUAUAUUAAUCUGUUAAUGCACAGUAUGUUUUUACAGUGGUGCCUCGCAAGACGAAAAGAAUCCGUUCUGGGAGUCUCUUCGUCUAGCGGUUUUUUCGUCUUGCGAAGCAAGCCCAUUGACGGGAUUAGCGGAUUAGCGCUAUUAGCGCUAUUAGCGGCUUUUAGCGGCUUUUAGCAGCUUAUCAGCUUAUCGGAUAAGCAGAUAAGCGGCUUAGCGACUUAGAAAAAGAGGGGGGAAAGGAAAAAAAAACCCAGGAACUCGCAAGACAUUUUCGUCUUGCGAAGCAAGCCCAUUGCAGAUUCAUUUUGCGAGGCACCUCCAAAACGGAAAACUAUUUCGUCUAGCGAGUUUUCCGUCUUGCGAGGCAUUCGUCUUGCGGGGCACCACUGUAAUGACUUUUGCUAUGAGAACUAUUAGUUUUAAUUAUAAGUAAUUUGGGGCCAGUGGGAAAAAAUAUUUUGCCUUUGAAUUCCUAGUAGUUACUUUUGUGACUACUUUUGUUACUAGCAGAGCAGAACCCUGUUAAGCCUUUGGAUCAAAAGCAUAAGAAUUUUUAAUAAUAAGCAACCUUGGUUUUCAACAUUAUUUACAGGUAAUGCAGACACGCUGAAACAUGAGCCGAAGCAAAAUGACAUUGAUACUUAUACCAGGCUGAGGGAAUUCUGGCAGCGCUAUUACUCAGCUCACUAUAUGACUUUAGUUGUGCAAUCUAAAGGUAACGACUGUUAAUUUGAAGCUACAGGUGCAAACUGUGAUACACUGCCUUGAUUAUUGUCUUUCAAGAGCUAUAAAAACUCUUCUGCAUCUGCUUGUAAUGUAAAGAAUGCCACAAUAGUUUACAUUUCUAGUCAGAAGUAAGUCCUGUUGAAUACAGUGGGGCCUGUGCCCAGGAAAAUGAGUAGGGUUGCAAUUGUGUACAAUGAAAGUAAGCCCCACUGAAUCAGGACGUAUUUCUGAUCAGCUAUACAUAUGACUCCACUAAAAUUAAAACAAAACUAGAUGUAUCUAGCUAAAUAUUUUCAAUCUUCUACUUCUGAAUUUAAAUAUUGAGUUCAUUUUGAUGAAAUAGGUGUUCUUCAGAGGAAACUGUCUGGUCACCUUUUUAAAAUAGAGGCUUAUAUUUUGGACCUAGCAAUUCAUAUAAGUUUCAUUAGUUGCAUUACAUAACCCUCUUUUUGCUCCUUAUUAGUCUAAAUGAAGUUCACAAUAUUAGAUAAUUUAUUUCCCUUUGUAAACAAGGCUAUGAUUUAUCUUGAGCCAAAUACAGUGUUUUCUGAGUUUCCAGUAACACAGACUUGGCAUGUGAAUUUUCUCUGCCAUUACUGACAUUUUAAUGUCGUCUUUUUCUCAGUAAGGAUAAAAACCUGCCCCUCCCUUCCCAACCCUGCCCUAAGGGGCCAAUCUGUACAUGCACGACAUACAUGGAUGCUUCUUUAAGUGUGGCUGCCAUCACAAGGAAUAUUUCUAUGCUGCCAGAAUCAUCUAUUGUGGAGGCUGUUUCAGAUAGCUUUUGGGCGCGGCCCAUAUCACGGAGACCAGCCAUAAUUUUGUUGUGUGUAAGUUUUAACUGAUACAACCAGCUUGGGAGGUUGUAAGAAUGCAAGCUCAGCUGCCACAUAUGCCUGAUAUAGGAAGCAGAAAUGUACUGGUGCAGCCACACCCCAAAAUAAUCCAAGUGCCAAAUGCAUGUGCAGUUUAGGUAUACUGAGAGAAUUGAGCCUUUGGGCCUACAGACUUUAUAAUGUUUGCACCUCUUGUUUAAUUAGCUGAUUGGGUUCUUGAGAAUGAACAGGUUCUCCAGCUUACCUUUGUUUUACUGAGAACAAGCCUUUCUUCUUCAGUGAAUUGGCUGUUGAGCUUUUUCUCUCUCUCCCUUCCUCCCUAGAAACCUUGGAUACUCUGGAAAAAUGGGUGAUUGAAAUCUUCUCAGAGAUUCCAAAUAAGUAAGAUUUUUUUCCCCUCUACCAUUUUUGUCAUAAGUAAGAUGUAAAAUUAUAUGCACAGUUCUGCAUUCAAGUCAUAUGAGAAGACCACAAAUAUGAUUUCACCUGUUUAUCCCUAAACUUUCCCUGCUUCUUACCCUUUUCCCUUCUUUCCAGCCCUGCGUCUUCUUCCUUCUCUUUCCAUGUCAUUGCCUGUUACUGCUUUUUAAUUAUAAAAACUAAUUUGUGGCAUAAUUUAUAUAGAAUAUGUUGCUGUGUGGUGUUGGCUUAAGGGAAUAGCAUGCCUGACUGGGGGUUGGGGGGAGUUGAACAAGCAUGCUAAGGUGAUAGUUUGACUGGCCAGAUGGAAUGAUUCACCCCCUCAUCCUCCCAUGCACUGAUGUGGGUGCUCUCCUGACCCUCAGAACCAAUUUUGAGGGGUGUUUGUAGGGAGCGGGUAGGAAAGCCCCAUUGCACAAGCGUAAGCCCUUGUGCAUGGCUUCCACUUUCAGAAGUCAUUAGUUGAAACCUACUUUAGGACUUGGGUCUCCUCUUCUCAUGUACAGAAUGAAUACUUAGCACAAAUUUGGUGGGGGCUGUUAUGCCAGCGCCGGUGCUUUGAAUAUUUAAUAAAAUAACAAAGGUGUUCUGUUUGAUGUUUAAAAUAUUGAUUUCUCAAUUUUGGUUUCAAAAAAAUAGAGGUCGUCUUAUACAUGGGGGUGUCUUAUACAUGGAAAAAUACGGUAAUAUUUUUAAUGGGCAUGUUAAUCCCAAUCUGUAGAUACUGGUUCAUAGUUUUCUACCAGACAUACAACACAAUAAUCACCUGUUGGAACACGUGAGGAGCCAGUCCCUGGAAUUGGUACUGUUCCUGCAAUGAGUGCUGGGUACAGAAGGAUAUAUUCAGAUUAGUCAUUGAUACACAGGAUUAUGAUGUGAUAUGGGGAGCAUCCUAACGGAAUUAGGACAAUGAUGCCUAACUUAUUUUCUUUUGUUCUUAAAGUGAUUUACCAAGACCAACUUUUAGCCACCUGACAGAACCUUUUGACACACCUGAUUUCCAGAAACUUUACAGAGGUGAGUAAUUGGAAUGAGUAAUUCCUAUAGUGCUAACGAUUAAGAAUACAUAUUGCAUUCUAAACUUUGUAACUUUCAAAGUUUAAAAUACUGCUCUUUGCACUUUUCUUUUUGAGAGAAUUUAUUAUGAGAAAGUUGAUGAAGGCAGAUAAUCAUGUUUUUACAUUUUACAGUAAACAUUUCUUUAUUUUUAGUUGUUCCAAUCAGAAAAACACACUCUUUAAAUAUCACUUGGGCUCUUCCUCCACAAGAACAACAUUACAGGUAAAUUUUAAACUCUUGUUAUGGUUGAACCCUUUCAUGUGGGUACCAGGAAACUGAGUUAGUUGAACAAAUUAAAUUGUUGAUAAAAGAAAAAGCAGCUACUAGUGGCUUUCUGCUGAUAGAAGGGGCUCCAUCAGCAAAAUGUGGAGGGAGACCAUUUUAAACCAUCCUUUUGCAGUGGUCUGUGCUCCCUCUAAAGCGUUGGGGGAAUCCUGAGCAGAUUUGGGUGGGUACAGAAGACAAUUGUCAAAAGGUGGGCCCUUCCUUGUUCUGUUCAUGGAUUCCUUUCUGUCAGCAGAAAGGCACCCUGAAUACCACACAUAGUUUAUGGUAGCUAUAGUAGUUUGUAAUGUGAUCAUCACUAAAUCCCAGCAUUUUGGAUAUGCUUAUUUUACUUGCUAAUUUGUGUACUGGCUAGAAACCAAUAUUUUCAAGGCAUGUUUUAUGACCUCCAUUUUUAAACUUUCCCCUCUUUUUUCAGGGUCAAACCUCUUCACUAUAUUUCAUGGCUGGUUGGACACGAAGGCAAAGGCAGCGUUCUUUCAUUCCUUAGAAAAAAGUAUGUAUGAAAAAAUCAGUUAUAAUUUUAAUAGUUAAUUGACACAUUUAAAAGAUAUAUACGCCAUGUGCCUUUGUAUUACUUCUGUAAUGCAGACAGUUGAGAAACAUGUCAGCUUAGUUAGUGACCAAGUUCAACAUAUAUUUGUUAUAACCCAAAUAUUGUGCAACAUAAACAUUGGAUAGACUUGACAUGAGCAUUUUGAAAAGUUUCUCCAGAGUGCCUACCUACCCUUUGCUUAUAUUGUGAUUGCAUCAUGUGAGGAGAUGGAAAAAUCAGAAGUUGGUAACUCACUAUUCCAUUGGGGCAGGGGGAGUGAUACAAGCAACGCUUCACUCGCAUAGACUGGACUAUGUUGCUGCUUACCCCUAGGUUAUUAGUUGAAAUAUGUCAUCUCUUCUGCAUGCUAAAGCAGGGGUGGCAAAACUUCCUCUUGCUAAAAGCCAGAAAUAUAUUGGAAAUAUGUAUCAAUAGCUCUAUCUUUGAUGUGUUAAUUUUUUUCUGAUAGAUUCUGGGCUCUUGCAUUGUAUGGAGGAAACGGUGAAACAGGAUUUGAACAGAACUCUACAUACUCCGUCUUCAGUAUUUGUGUGACUCUAACAGAUGAAGGUUACAAUCAUUUCUAUGAGGUAAAUUUGAGAUCAGCUUGAAGUGUUUGUUGUUCUUGCUUAUUGCAGACGACAGAAACCUGAAUGUGCUUUGUUUCCAUUUUCAGGUUGUUCACGUCGUAUUCCAGUAUUUGAAAAUGUUGCAGCAGACAGGACCAGAGCAAAGGUAACUAAGGCCUGAUUCUAGUGAGCAGUCGGUGUUACUGAACUUUUUUUAUUCCUAAAUGUGAGCAAAAGUAGCAGGUGGGAGGAAAUGGCUGUUAAAAAGAACUGGAGGAAUUGGAAUUCUCCCUAAAAUGUCAACCCCAUGAAAAAGCAAGGAAAAUUAGCUAUUAAGGUUGACUAUUUAAGAAUUGGUUUAGGGCAGAGCUUUCCAAACUUUCCGUGUUGGUGACACACUUUUUAGACAUGCAUCAUUUCACAACACAGUAAUUCAGUCUUACUAGCAAACCAGAGGUUAAACAAACCCAUUUCCAGCCACGGGGGGAGCAUUCACAGGACACACCUACACAUAGCAGUCAACACACAAACGUGUCACAACACACAGUGUGGAAACCUCUGGUUUAGGGGAAUAUUCACUAUCCUGAAACAUUCUCUCUAUGUGAAGUAUUAUUGGUUACUAUAUAUACUACUUUUCUGUAUAAAACUUACAAAUACAUAAAGAGUACAUUGUUAUCCGUGUCAUCUUCCUAAUAGAAACAAUAUGGAACAGUUUAAUAAGAGAUACAUAAUAAAACCUCAGUAUUGAUACAUCAAAACAAUUCAUUCAUAAUUCUGUACUAAUAGGAAGCCAGUAAGACAGCCUCUGACCUAGGAGGUGGUAGCAGCAGAAUGAAUCUUUUUAAAGAGCUGCAAAAGGAAAUGGGGUCAGCCCUCAGUCCCAUGUUAAGAUGGGAAAUGACAAAAUGUUUCCUCUGGCCUGUUGGUCAGGCUGAUGAGAAAUAGCCUUAGAAUCAUAGAAUUGUAAAGUUGAAGGUCAUCAUCUAGUCCAACCCCAUGUGGUGAAGGAAUCUUUUGGAAUGUUUGUUCUGAAACCUUGUUUCUGGAAAUGGUUCCUUUCUUGACAAAUGUGACUGAUUUAUUGAGAAACAUACGCUAUCAUCCACAGAAUUUGGGAAGAAAUCCAGAAGAUUGAAGCUAAUGAAUUUCAUUAUCAAGAACAGGUAUUUCCUCAACCUUGAAUAUUUUCAAACACCAUUUUAUAGCCCAUCAUUUUAUCUUGGCUUACGGAAACUAAUAAUGGCUGGGAAUCUAAUUGUGGUGACUAUAGUAGGCUCAUUGCUAAUUUUAAUAAUAUGGGAUUAUUUUACUGAGCUGCUUUUGAAACAGUCAUGAUUUGUGAUGACUUUCUGCUUUUGAAGAUGUGCGUCUUCAAUCUUCAGAGCUAAGAACUUGAGUUUGGAGCCCUGUUUAGGAGCCGUUCAAAUGAAUAGCUUUUUCCAACAGGAAUGAAACUCUUAUCUUCUUUUUCUUAACUUUGAUUCUUAAUGAGCCCAAUGGGGAUUUCAAGGAACAAGUUUUCUUGUCCAAAAUCUACAUUGAUUUUUGCAGUUGUCAUGCAUCCGGGAAUCAAAUGAAUUGACUACUGCAGAAGAUUGGUGCAACUGCCAAUGCAUAUUUGGAAAGCAGCCAAAAUCUAGGAUUCUUCACUAUUUCCACUUGAUUCUUGGCACAAUCCAACUGCAAAAGUCAGUGCACAAUUGUGUGGGGAAACUGAUGACCUGGAUUCACCUUUGAGCUCAACCAGAAGUAAGGUUAAGGGGGGAAAUGUUCAAAUGAUCAGCUAGUGAAAUAGAACUGUUUGUUUUACAGACUGACCCAGUUGAAUAUGUUGAAAGUAUUUGUGAGAAUAUGCAGCUGUUUCCAAAGGAGGACAUUCUGACAGGAGACCAACUUCUUUUUGAAUACAAACCAGAAGUAAGUGCACUCUUUAGGUCUUGCUUCUUUCUAGAGGAGAUGAUUAAGAAACCAAUUCUACCAACUAGGGAAUCUUCUUUUCAGUCCUUCAUGCUCUGCUUACAAAGUAGUAGUAGAAUAAAGCUCCUUAAUUUUGCACAAAUAGGGACACAUAAGAAUAUAUUUGAAUCCUUCAUCUUUGCAGAUCAUUGCUGAAGCUCUUAACCAGCUGACACCUCAGCGAGCCAACCUUAUUCUGCUUUCUGCUGCCCAUGAAGCUCAGUGUCAGCUGAAGGAGAAGUGGUUUGGCACACACUACGGGGUUGAAGGUACAACAACUUUGAGUCUUUCUCAAAAGAAUUCCAGAGGCGGAAGGAGGCUAUGGAAGGACCUGCAUUGUGUUAUGUUGGAGUGAGGUUGGCCUAUAAGUCUCCUAAUAAUUAAGGAACCUCAGUGCCAGGGGUGGUGAACUUGUGGCCCUCCAGAUGUUUGUGAAUUCUGGCUCCCACCAGCCCCAGCCAGCCUGACCAAUGGUUAGAUAUGAUGUGAGUUGGAGGGCAGUGAGAAGAUGACAUUUCUGUCAUGGUUAGCAAAGUAUGACAUGUUGGAUCUAUGAAUGGUGAAGGAUUAUGUCUAGAUCAGGUGUAUGAGUUCCUCCCUGCUGCUACGGUGUGGAAAUCGGGUGUUCGUUAGAGAAGAAGAGGAUAGGAGCUGGGCGCCCUGUCAAUACAGCUUUCUGCAGCUAAGUAGAACAUCUUCAUUGGCUUCAGUUGUACUAAGUUUGUCUGCUUUUAUCAUUAAUUUUCAGAUAUUGAUCAGUACUGGAAUGAUAUGUGGGCCAGUGACUUUGCAUUAAAUCCCGACUUGCACCCACCAGAAGAAAACAGAUACAUUGGUGAGUGAAUUAUGACUUCAUACAUGGCUAAAAUAAGAUUGAAUGUGACUAGAUUAUUUUGCUUACAUGUUGUUAAAUAAGCUGUCAUAGGUUUUAUAAAUGAAGGCUGCCUCUUCAGUUACAAGUGAAUUCAACAGAUUUAUGUAGUUGGGUUUCUGUCAUGUUGUAUCUCAAAAAAAGUAAGGAGCAGUACUUUUUUCAGGGGAUACUCGAGGGUAUGCAGUACCAGCACCUCUUUUUUGUUGUUAAAAAGUGUAGCACUUACUGUAAGAACUUCAUGGUGAUUACUGGCACCUGUUUUUCUAGAAAAAAGCACUGGUAGGGAGUGUUAUCCAGCAGAAUCAGAAAUUUAUUGUGCAUUUGUGCAGCAGACCAUAAAUAACUGUUAAGCUAGUAACACUUCAAUCCUUACAGUGAUGCUUUGACACUUAAGCAUGCAGUUUGCAUAAUUUAUUUGAGAUUGAUGUGUACUUGUUACAUUGACAUGUGGGUAUGCAACAGUAACUCCUCCUCCUUAAUUUUAGCAACUGAUUUUGCUCUGAAGGCUCCUGACUGCCCACAGACAGAAUAUCCAGUCAGUAUACUGAGCACCCAACAAGGCUGCUUGUGGUACAAGAAGGAUGAUAAAUUCAAAAUCCCUAAAGGUAACUCCUUUAUAGGUCUUUUAAUAAAACUUAAUACACUUCUAGGUUACAAAACACAGGACAUUCCAGGUUGCACUUAUCUCCUUGGGGCUUUUCAUAUAGCUUAUUUUGAAAUUAUUUUUUUGUUUUUGUUUUAAGGCAGACACACAUCCUUACACUGAAUCCAGAUGCAACUUUAGAACAUCUGUUUCAGUAGUGACAUAGAUAAAAAAAUUAAAUGACAUGUCCAUGCAUCCUUGUGCUGAGAUCCUUCUCCUGAAAUGAAUUUCUGUGUUUGUAUAUACAUUUUUAAUCAAACAGUAGUAGCCUUUACACCAAUAGUAGUGAACCUGUCGCUAUCAAGAUGUUGUUAGAAUCCAAACCCUAUCAGCCCAGCCAAUACUGCCAUUGGUCAGCAAUGAUGGGAAUUGUAGUCCACCAGUAUCUGGAGGACCACAGGCUCUCCAUCCCUUCUUUCGACUAGACAAGGCAGUAUAUUGGCAUCGUAAAGCACCAAGUUAUUUUCAUUUUGCUGGCUCUACAUAGCUUAGCUUGCUGGUGUCUGGAGUUUUAGAAAAUGAAGAUGUGAAACAUUUCAGUUGUUAAUCUAAGCAUUGUGUUUGGACUUGGGAUGUUUAACUCUGGCUACCAUGGUUGGGAAUUUUUGGGCAGUGUUUCAGUCACUGAUCUGUGGAAUGGCACUGCUAGCCAUUGGAGGAGGUGCUGACUCACUCUUCCUGUACUGGGUAGGAAGCUGUGUUUCUUUUAUCCAGCAACAUACCGACACCAUUCCUUUUCACUGUUCAGAGAGACUACUUGCCAAUCAAAAGCUUUCUGGCUGUAUAUUAGCAUGCCCUUUAGAUUUCAUUGUAUUUAAUCAGCAGUGGGUAGGACUAAUAAUCUGUUUAAAAGAGAUUGGGAACCAUAGGUCAGGAGGUCCGAAAGAGAAAUAAUGGCUUGACGAAAGCUCCCCAUUGUUUGCUAUAGCUCAUUAUAACCAUUUCUUUCAGCUUAUAUCCGUUUCCAUCUAAUCUCACCGCUGAUCCAGCAGUCUGCCGAGAAGUAAGGGUUGCAGUCUUUUUGUCUGUCCUUUUGGUUAGCUUAUUUUUCUGCUGUAACAAGCAUCUGUGGUGCUUCAGAGCAUCCCUGUUACUAAUAAACAUGGGAUACUAGGUGGUGGGUGAUGGUAAAAUAUCAAAUGCUGUGUUUGAUUGCAGAAACCAUAAUGUCAAGAGUGCAGGUAAUUGUCUAAAAGGGUCUGAGAUUGUAUACUCCUAUAUAAGUUAAAUUAAUGAGCGACUUUUGUCUAUUGAAUGAGUGCCUUUCCAUGCAGGACUCUCAUUCACAUUCUUACUUUUGUUUCCCCUCAAAAAAAUUGCUGUGUGCAGCAUUGUGCUCUUUGAUACAUUUGUAAACAUCCUCGCACACAACCUCGCUGAGCCUGCUUAUGAGGCGGAUGUUGCUCAGUUGGAAUACAAGCUGGUAGCUGGAGAGCAUGGACUGAUCAUUCGCGUAAAAGGAUUCAAUCACAAGCUUCCUGUAAGUGUUGGCGGGAUUUUUUCCUUUGGGUUCCUUUUGGGAAAAUGAUCCUAUUUAGUCUACUGCUCUAGGGAAUCAGCAUUUUACUUUGUUCUCCCAGCUGCUGUUUCAACUCAUCAUUGACCACCUAGCAGACUUCAGUUUUACUCCAGAAGUUUUUGAAAUGAUAACUGAGCAGUUGAAGAAGACUUACUUCAACAUCCUCAUCAAGCCAGAGACUCUGGCCAAGUAAGUGUUUGAAACAGUACAGGCAGGCUUGGGUUUACUUUCUGGGAGAAGUCCCAGUUCUGAUUUUAUUAUUUAUUUGUGUGGUUUUUUAAUAAAAACAUUUUCAUACUACUGUAUCACAGCAGUUUACAACAAUAUAAAAACAUAUACAGUAUUGUUGAUUUGGGGAGAGAGCAAGUCAUUGUGGAAAUGUGAAUGAACAUUCUUCCUUUGCUUUUUGUCCAUUUUCAUUGUUCUUUGUAGGGCAUUCUUGGCAAGGAAUUGGGUUAUAAGAACAAGAAAGGAGCAGGAGAUCUGUGGGGUCAAGACAGGGGGUAGAAGUUUUGAGGGUGUUCAAUGUGACCAUGUGUUGACUCUUGUGAACACCUGGAGGCUGUGCUUCCCCUUCCAUGCUUUCUGUGAAAAUGGUGUGCCUUUCUAGCCCUUAGGUGUUCUGAAGGUAGUUUGAAACACAGAUGUAGCAUGAAUGUCUGAUUUUUGGGGUCAACCUCUGAUAAUCAUGGUAUUGUGUGCAUUGUACUGGUAUCCUGUACUAAUGCUUUUCUCAGCAACAUAUCAUUGUGAUUUGUUUACCAGCUGCAUUUGCAGCAUAAUGGCUGUGAUCCAGAAAGGAGUGUGACCUGCUCCACGCACACGAUGGAGCAUUUUUAUUCCCAUCUCUUCUGCUGCCCAAAUUGAAAUCCCCCUGGGCUGUCUGAUAAGCUGCCUUUGGGAAGGGCUGGGGUUUGCAGUGUAGUGGACCUGAAAGCAAACAUCUGUCACCCUUAAAGGAGCUGUCUAAAUCAGAGUCCAUGAUAAGGAGAGUCUGUAGUAGAAUUAGCUUUGCAAUUGCCUGUCUUUCUGUCUAUUAGGGAAGUGGCUCAUCUGCUGGGAGUCCACAGGGGGAGGGGAAAUCGCUACUGAUCGUAAAGAUUCCUUAGCUUUGCAAGAAUAUAUUGGGAAGUGGGUGGGGGUGGGUAUGCAGAUGGGGAACCCUGAGAAGGGAAUGGAAAUAAUUUGUCCCAACCACAAGGAGCUUCAAGACCCACCUCCUCACCAGUUGCUUUAGGGGUGGUAUGGUUCUGAGCGCUCCCGUUUCUUGAAGUAAUAAAUUAUUAUUAUUAUUAUUAUUAUUAUUAUUAUUAUUAUUAUUAUUUAUACUCCACCCAUCUGGCUGGGUUUCUCCAACCACUCUGGGCGGCUCCCAACAGAAUUAAAAGCACACAAAACAUAUGGCAACUGUAAAAAUUGUACCUAACGCCGUCAGAUUCACAAUUGACAUGGAAGGGGUGUUAAACCUGGGGGGAGGGAUCCCCCUAACUGUUGCCCUGGGGCAAAGAGAGGCAGAGAUGUCAUUCAGGGCCUAAGUUUCCUGCCCCGUGGGUUUAUUCUCUCUUCACUUGUUACAGUUAUUGUUGAGGAAAUGGUUCUUCCCACCCACAAAUAGUUCAGUUCUCCAUGUGCAUUUGGAAGGUUACCACUCUUAGCAUUGUUAUUUAUGUACAGUAGUUCAUGCAUGCUGCAGUGUUCAUUGAGUAAAAAGAAUGGCAGGUUUCUAUUCUAAGGGAGAUUUUGGUCUUUUAAUGAAAAAGAGGAAAGGAGCAAGAUUUGAGCAUCUGCGUUUCAAAUGAGUGCAGUUGCACAUUCUUUGCUUCCUUUCGGAUUGGCUUAUAGGAGGAACUUGAGAGGCCAUCUGUUUUCAAUUAUCCUGCAUUCAGCUGUAUUUCUUAUUGGUCACAGAGAUAUACGCCUCUUAAUACUGGAGCACGGCAGGUGGUCUAUGACGGACAAAUAUGAGACACUUAUGAAGGGCCUUUCUAUAGAUUCUCUACUAUUGUUUGUGAAGGCUUUCAAAUCCCAGCUCUUUGCAGAAGGCCUUGUCCAAGGAAACUUCACAAGCACUGUGAGUACAGAUCUAUCAGCUUCAUCUGCCUCUCUGAACGAUCCUUUAUUUUGAUGAUUGACAGCUAGUAGUAGCAUAGCCUUAUUCAUCUAUGACUUGCCACGCUAGUACCACAGCACAGCAGCUAGUGGUGUUUGCAACCUCCAUGUUGAUGGUAUCUAUUUGUUGUUGCUUUAGAACCAAACCUUGCAGAAUAGAGUCCAUCAAAAGGCUAUGGCUAGAAAAGCCACUCAACGUGAGAGAGCAGUUGUGCAGCUUCAAAGGAAGGCUACUUUUCUGUGCAAGCAGUCAAUGUGAAGGGAAUUCAUAAUGCUAUCUGUCCUCUGCUUGUGCUGGUCUAAGUGCCUGGAAGAUUCUCAUGCCACUCUUGGAGUGAUGACACUCUGCUUAUAUCGCAUGUGUUUAGACUGGUACAUGGGAAAGUGUCAGAUUUCUUUGAAGUUCAGAGAAGGAUUUGCAGGAUGUUUUGGAAUCCAUGAAGCUUUGCUGCUGUAGUGUGCUCUCUCACAAAGUAUUUGUUGUGUGGUAUGGGACAAAACAAUUGGUGUUUACACAGAGUGGCCAUUGGGUUGUCUCUUGGUCUCAAGGUUUUGAGGCAAAAAAACCCCCAAUGUAAUACUGGAAGGGCUUUUUUUCAUGGUAGGAACGUAUCCUUAAUAGGCUCAUGUCAAGGCCAGUAAAGAAUAAUUUGGAAAAUGACUAAGGAUUGUAUAUUGGUGGUAAGCAUGAGUUGUUUCUUAGAGCCAGAAACCACAAAUUGUUUCUAUCCAAUUUAUUUCUUCAGUGCUGAGAACACCAGAUUUAAGUGUGAGCAAAAUACUUUAGUUUUGUGUGGACUAAUUUUGGCUUUGGGUACAUAUAUUCAGAAAUUAAAAUACAUAUCAUUUAUCUUUAAGGAAUCAAAAGAAUUUCUGGAUUAUGUUGUUCAGUAAGUAUAUUUAUACAUUAUAUUAGAAUAUAUAUUAGGCUGUGAGGCAUGACCAGAACUUGAAUGGGAGAGAUACCACUGAAAACUAGGACUGCAAACCAGUUGAAAAGAAUGCUAAUUGAUCUCAUGAAUAUGAUUGAUUACCCUAUCAGUUAAAAUUAUAUAUGAAUAAAAAGAGUAUUCCUGAAGCCAGAAGCAUAUUCUCUUGGGUUUUAGGUGGCAUGCAAGUGUUGUAGCAGGUGUCAUCUUAGAGGUGUUCCCACCUGCGGUGCCUCUCUUAGGAUGGUGUUUAUAUUAAACACAUACUAUCUGAUCAACCUGGACACUUGUUUAGUCAGUUAAAAGGUUUUCUAAAUGAAUCUAACCAAUUCAUUUAUUAAACACUGCAGCCCUAUUACAAACAUAACUUCUUCCUAAAAUUAAGACCCAACCCAUUCGGGUCAUCAGCAACCGCCUCAAAUUUAAGUUUUUCUCUUGUGGGUCUUCAUUGAUGUGAUUUUUGUAUUUUAUGAAAUAGACAUGCUCACGUGUUUAUAAUAUCUGAGCCUAGAUCAUACUGUGUAUUGGGUUAAGGAGUGAGUUGACAGCUGACCCUUUGAUCUGUGGACUUUUUCAGAACAUUGAGAUUCCUUCCUUUGGUACAUCCCUGUCCAGUUCAGUUCCGGGUGAUGGACUUGCCCGGUGCUCAUCUGCUGUGCAAAGUGAAGACCCUGAACAAAGGGGAUGCAAAUUCUGAAGUGACCGUCUACUACCAGGUGCUGUGGUGCAAAGAGUGGGUGUAUUAAUUCCUUUAUUGUGCAAUUGCUCCUCAUAGUAUGUGACCCUCCUUUAUCACUUGAGAACUUGUUUCAUAAUCUGCACUGACAUGGCAAAUACAGUGGGCUUCUGCAAGCAGAUGGAAACUUUGUACAUGUAAACAUGUAGCUAGGAAUAACUUUUGCUGCUAAACUCUGCUAUAGAAUGGAAUCUAACAUAGAAACUUUACAAGAAAGUGAGUGGCAUAAAUGUGCCAGUGGUUUGUCUACGGUGUUUACAAAAUUCAGUAGCCAUUUAAAAAGGUGGUAUAGUUCAGUGGUAGAGCAUUUGACUGCCAUUUUAAAAACUUAUCACAUGGCAGCUUUAAUCACAUAAGGAGCCUGUAGUCUCUAGCUGAGCGUUGCCAUUGCCCUACAACUUUUUGGAAAUCCCAAGAGGUUGGGGGCCAUGGUGACACCCUGCCCACACACUAAACAUUAUUGUGUCUUCUAUUUCUCCGUACGGGUAACUCACAACUUAACUCACAUUUAGCUUUUGUGCAUGCAGCUUUAUGUGCUUAGCAAAAAAUACAAUUGAAAUGGGGUGGGUGUCUGGGGAAAAAACACUUUGGCAAUCCUACCUGCCGUUGAUCCCGAUGUGUUGUGACUUUUGGAAUUUGGCUUUAUGUGCUAUCCCCGGAACGUAACCCUAGGCAGUUUAAGUUGGAAGUCAGUUGUAUUUCAUAGCUGUUUCAGGAAACUGGUAAUCCUCUCCUUACAGUGCAACUAGAAACUUCUAACUGUGUAGUCAGAGCUUCCAUGCGUUGUGUUUAGCAUGCUUUACUCCCUUCCCUUGCAUCCUAGUUCUGAGGUAUAGGUGAGAGGUAUAGGGCCGUUUAUUAUCGAUUUGUCAUGUAUUUGGUGAUUUAGAGAAUUUUAGCAUCUCUUCCCACUUUGGAGAUAAACAUAUAGCAUAACUUAAAACCCAAGCCUCAUAGUGAAUGAAUUCUUUGUUAUUGUUCCCUUUUAGUCUGGAGCUAGGAGUUUAAGAGAAUAUUCUCUCAUGGAAUUGCUUGUGGUAAGUUUGGAUUGCUUUCUAAAAACUGAAAUAGGUUAAUAUCUGACCUUUCUAAGUGCAACUAUAAAAAUCACAACACUUGAGUGUAAAUUCAGUUGGACAGCAUAAUCGUUGCAAAUCAAACCAUAGACGCCCAUGUUUGGGAUGUUUGUGCUGAAACUGUGCAGGGAUAGUACAGAGUGUGGAUGGAGAGGCAAAAGGGUGAUUAAUAUGGGAACUGGUUGUUAUACAAGGGAAGGACAAUGGCUCAGUGAUAGAGUACAUGCUUGGCAUGCAGAAAGCUUCUGGUUUGAUCCCUGGUGUCUGUUGGUAGGGCUGGGAGACACCCAGGUUCUAGAGAUCAUCUGCCAGGCAGUAGAGACAGUGCUGAACUAGUUAGACCUAAUGGUCUGGCACAUCAUGAAGCACACCUUGUUGACCUUUUUGAAGGGUCUUCCCAAAUAAUCAGUUCAUUACAUAGUCAAUGUGCAUUUCCAGAACACAGCCUACAACCUGAGCGUUCACUUCCUGUUUUGUGAAGAUACAAACUUUCCUAGCACAGGUGGGACUAGACACAAGUGAUAUAGUGCAAAUUUUGGGGGGGGGCAAGUAUUUUGUAUCUUCGGGUGAUAAGCUGUUCUAAUAGGUGGCUUAAAAAUAGAAAUCAUUGCUUCAUUUUGUUUCAUCUGCCCUGAGCCUUAAAUACCGCUUUUUAUCUGGGAGGGAAAAUGCAAAAAUCUUGCUGUGAUUGAAAUACUUCGUUUCAGAUGUACAUGGAAGAGCCUUGUUUUGACUUCCUGCGAACAAAGCAGACCCUGGGGUAAGUUUCCAUUCAGCUGCCCUUUGGAAGUGAGAUGCGUCAAGAAGGAUGGGAGUGAUCCAAUAGACAAUGUGUACUGUAACUUUCCAGAAGCCUUUGAUAAAGUUCCACACCAAACACUCCUGAGUAAGCUUUAGCAGUCAUGCGAUGAAAGGGCAGGUUCUCUUAUGGGUCAGUAAAUGGGUACAGGAUAGGAAUCAGAGACCAGAUGGACCAUUCUCACAAUGGGUAUUGGGAUUAGGGGAGGGCAGUUUCCAAACUGGGUGGAUAAGCUUCAAAAAAUGCAAAAUUGGUUCAGUUUCUGUAACUGAAAAGUGAUGUAGAUUGAGGCCAAAAAAGUCCAUAUAGAACUGGCAGUGACUGACCAGGAAAGAGAUAUUGGUAGAUACCUUGGUGAAAAAGUUGACCCUCCUGACUCCAAUGGAAUGGAGAGACCUGAGAGUCAAUAGCAUAUUCAUGUCACCUCUCUACUUUUUAUUUGUAGUAACAAAAUUAAAAGCCAACACUAAAAUGUUGAGGGUUUUUUGCAGCCUUCCUUCUUGGAAGAUUUUUUAGGUGGCAUGUGUACUGAUGAAGCAUUGAGGAUAGGAAUCUUAAGUUAGCAUUCUUAGCUCAUUAUUAUAGCAUUCACAUGAAACUUGCUUAAGAUGUUUUGAAUCAUGCUUACGGAAUGUGUCUUCUCUUUGGGCUUUAGAUACCAUGUGUACCCAACUUGCAGGAAUACAUCUGGAAUUCUUGGUUUCUCUGUUACAGUAGCAACACAGGCAACCAAAUACAAGUGAGUUGCGCAUUCUGUUAAAACUAAUUUCACUGUUUUCAUCAGGCCCUGUAAGCUCAUUAGUUCUUCAGACAUGACAUUUUAGAUACAGCAUUCUCAAAACAGGAAAUACAAACUCUUGCCUGCAUAUUCUAAUGUAUUCAUCCUACAAAAUAAUAUAAUGCAAUGGGGGGGGGGAGUGCAAUAAGUAAAAAAGUUUUUUAUUCUAUCUUGCCUAUGCAACAGCCGCUUUUUUAAUCAUAAAAGUUUCCUUUUUCUGUAACUGCCUGCCUCAGGACAGAAAUGGCCAUGAGCUACUCAUUUAUUUGUUGCUUCUGCUCCACACACCUGUUUUUAAAAUGUCUUUACAUCGUAUUUCACAGCACUGUGGCUUUGUUUUUGUUGUGAGAGUAGUUUACAGUAUCUGUGUCAUGUACUUCUCUACUCCAACGAUAGGUACCCUGUAGCCUUUCAGAUGUUGUUGGAUUCUAACUUCCAGCCAGCAUGGUCAGAGAUGCUGGGAGCUGUAGUCCAACAACAUCCGGAGAGCCACAGGCUAUCCAUCUCACCUUUGGUGCUGACAGGACAAUGGUCUAUCCACCUCACUCCUGUUAACUUACAUACCUACAUGCUUACUCUUGGUUUAACUGAGUAUGGACUGUCUGCUGCUUUAAUGUAUUGUAAUUUAUAAAUAAGGAUCAGCAAAAAAAAUAUUAAAAUCAUGGACUGCAGAAUGAGGAAUAAAUAUUUGCUCUUUGACUCCUUGUUUCUAUAUUCUUUCCAGUCCAGGGUCUUCCUGUGGUUAUACAGCAUGGGGUUGCUCUUUUCCUUUCGCUGGAAUCCAGUGAUUGCCAAUGCCAGCACUUUUAAGUCCAGUGGAUGCCAAUUAACUCCACAUAGCUGGUUCAAAUAGGGACCCUGCUGGCGCUAGGAGUAUGUGUCUGGUUCAUCCUGCCCCACCAGGCUAUGGACAGAACUUAUGGCAUGCUGAUCUUAGCUCUCUAAUUGGGAUGUAUUAUAGUGAGCAGACCACCUGUUCAGCCCAAAUCUAUACACAGAUGCCAAGCCUGACUUACACUGCCUUGAGGCUUGGAUGUUAGUGGCAGCAUAUUGAAUGUGGACUGCAGGUAGCCCUGCCCUACUAUUUUAAGGGUUAGAUUAGGUCUCUUCCAACAGUAAAACUUGUCUAGCUUCUCCUUUAUAACCUCCGCUGGUAAUCAGCACCAGUCACAGGGUUACUAAUUAAGCCUUGUAAAGCGAACUUAGGAACUUAUUUUACCUAGGAGUUACCGUAUUUUUUGCUCUAUAGGACGCACUUUUUCCCCUUCAAAAAUGAAGGGGAAAUGUGUGUGCGUCCUAUGGAGCGAAGAUGCCAUAGCCCCGCGACCCUCUCCCGGCUGGAGAGGUGACGCACGGUUAUGGCAGGAACCUCUACAGCCGGGAGAGUGCACGCACGGGGCUAAAGCAGCCCCCCGCGACCCUCUCCCGGCUGGAGAGGUGACGCGCGGCUAUGGCAGGAGCCUCUACAGCCCCGCAUCACCUCUGCAGCCGGGACAGCGCGCGCGGGGCUAAAGAAGCCCCCCGCGACCCCCUCCCGGCUGGAGAGGUGACUCGCGGCUAUGGCAGGAGCCUCUAUAGCCGCGCGUCACCUCUCCAGCCGGGAGAGCACGCGCGGGGCUAAAGAAGCACCCCGCGACCCUCUCCCGGCUGGAGAGGUGACGCGCGGCUAUGGCAGGAGCCUCUCUGCUGCGCCUUUCCGCUGCUCCCUGACCUGCUCUUUGGGGCUGGUGGUGGGCUUCCCCCCGCCAGCCCCAAAGAGCAGGUCGAAGGAACCUGAAGCCUGGAGAGCGAGAGGGGUCAGUGCACACCGACCCCUCUCGCUCACCUGGCUUCCAAGGUAGCCGCCUGAACGCACUUUAAACGGCACCUUGUUUUAGAGCGGGAAAACAAGAGGGGGAAAGUUCUCCCCCUCUCUGUGCAGCGCCUCCUGCUGCUUCACUGAAGGGGCGCUGGGCAGAGAGGGGGAAAAAAUUUUUUCUUGUUCUCCCCCCUCUAAAACAAAGUGCGUCCUAUUGUCCGGUGCGUCCUAUGGUGCGAAAAAUACGGUACUUUCCUGGAAUGCUGGAUUGCAGCUCAAUUUUCCCAUGGUGCAGGAAAUAGUUUCUCUCUACUCCCAAUUGAGAUGGUGGUUUCCACAAGGGAAUUUGUUGUGGUAAACUGGUAUUCACAGUUAACAUUCUGAUAACAUGCAAAAGCAAAAUUCUAGAGCAGUGCUCCACUUUCUCAGAAAUAGGCUUAUACUUUUAGUAGAAUUCAACUUCCGUUUUGUGGAACUAAACUCUUGAAUGCAACAGCCACAAGGAAUAGAUGUUUAAAUAUAAAUUGUUCUUGCUUUCAGCUCUGAACUAGUGGAUAAGAAGAUAGAAGAAUUUCUUUCAUGCUUUGAAGAAAAACUCAAACACAUGUCAGAAGAAGCAUUCAAGACACAGGUAAGGGGUUUAAUAAGAUGCUUCUUUAUUGGAAAACUAAUAAAAGGACAGCUUGAUCAGGUAUAUCCUUCCGUAUAUCCAUCUAUGUGCCAGUAAUAGUUUCAGGUUUGUUUUACUUAUCUGAGGACCAGAAAACUUCACAGCUGGUGAUUUGCAGAAAUCAAAGAGGAAUCUUUGUCUGGUGGAGCAUUCCACUGCCAUAAUAUGCCUAAGUGUGCAGGAGUCCUCUUGCUGCCUAUGUUUUUGAUUAUGUGAGUAGAGGACAUAUAGACUAAAAAAAAGGAAACCUAGUUCCAGGCCACCUUACAUUGUAACUACUGUUUUUGCUGUAGUGUGCUCAGCAAAUUUUAAUACAGUGGUGCCCCGCAAGACGAAUGCCUCGCAAGAUGAAAAACUCGCUAGACGAAAGGGUUUUGCGUUUUUUUGAGAUGCUUCGCAAGACGAAUUUCCCUAUGGGCUUGCUUCGCAAGACGAAAACGUCUUGCAAGUUUGUUUCCUUUUUCUUAACACCGUUAAUACAGUUGCGACUUGACUUCGAGGAGCAACUCAUAGAACCCGGUGUGGUAGCCUUUUUUGAGGUUUUUGAAGACUUUGGUGAUUUUUGAAGCUUUUCCAAAACUUCUUUUGCAGCCAUUUGGCAAGUUAAACUUUUAAAACUUUUUGGGGGGUUUUUGGAUUUUGGGUUGGGGUGUUUGGAAUUCAAGGACUUGGUGUUGGGGAGGGGUUUGCAAGAAUCUGGAAGCUUGUGUGGUUUUUUUCCUGCAUUUUUAUGAUUUUCUGUGACCAUUGGGCCACUCUGCUGUUUUUUUUAAAAAAUUCUGGAUUUGAAUUUCUGUGUGGUGGGUGGCUGGGGAACAGUUGAGGAGGGGUUUGCAAGAAUCUGGAAGCUUGUGUGGUUUUUUCCUGCAUUUUUAUGAUUUUCUGUGACCAUUGGGCCACUCUGCUGUUUUUUAAAAAAAUUCUGGAUUUGAAUUUCUGUGUGGUGGGUGGCUGGGGGAACAGUUGAGGAGGGGUUUGCAAGAAUCUGGAAGCUUGUGUGGUUUUUUCCUGCAUUUUUAUGAUUUUCUGUGACCAUUGGGCCACUCUGCUGUUUUUUAAAAAAAUUUCUGGAUUUGAAUUUCUGUGUGGUGGGUGGCUGGGGGAACAGUUGAGGAGGGGGUUCUUCAGCAAGAAGCAAAGAGUAGAAGAGGAACCUUCUUCGAGUUGUCCCCCAGAGUCUUAGAAAAUGUACUGUACACUUUGUUGAUUUUUAAAUGUUUUUCUGUCAUGUUUAGAAACUUAAUUUAUUGUUCCUUCAAUUUUUGAAAUGCUCUUUACAGUAUGUGUGACUUUAAAGAGCACUUAAUAAACUCUUGUUGUACCAAAUUUGGCUUUGUUUGGACUUUGUUUGACCAUAGGAAUGCAUUAAUUGAAUUUCAAUGCAUUCCUAUGGGAUUUCGUGCUUCGCAAGACGAAAAAUUCGCUAGACGAAAAAACUCGCGGAACGAAUUAAUUUUGUCUUGCGAGGCACCACUGUACACACCUUACUCAGCCACGUACCAGCUUCUCAAAAUUGUCUUACUAUACUAUAAUUUGAUUCCUUACAGAUAUAUGGCUGGAAACAUAAGGUGGUGCUAUGAACAUGCACCAGCAAGGAGAUAGUUUAGUCCAUAUGUUCUACUCAUUUACUUAAAGUAUUUUUAUAUUUCUUUACAAUAAAUUCUCAGAGAGGCUGAGAACUGUACUGCAAGUGGCCAAAAUUUAGCUAAAAGAAGAAUUAGUGUGAAUGGGGCAUCUUCAGUAUUUUUUGUAGAAACAGCGACUGUGUGUGAUUAGCGUGACUUGUCUUUUCUACCCCAGGUCACAGCUCUCAUUAAAUUAAAAGAAUGUGAAGAUUCUCAUCUUGGUGAGGAGGUAGAUAGAAACUGGACAGAAGUAGUGACUCAGCAAUAUCUGUUUGACAGACUAGUCCGGGAGGUAAGUGACUUCUUUAUUUUUAACAGCAGAAUUGCUGCGUGGUUCAGGUUUCUAAAAUCUCUUUAGACUAAGGUGAAUCUCCAAGUACUCCAAAUAAAUGUAUCUAAUGCUACUGGAAUUAUAGCCAUUAUGGUGCCAGUGUGUCCACAAAAGGUCUCAGUAAGCACCCCUUCAUAAAUCCACAACAUACAUUUAUACUGGCUGGGCUUCUCUGACAUUGAACAUGCCAUGUUUAACAAGCUAAAUAGGACUGGACAACCUACCCUCCAUCUGUUCUGUUAUAAUAAUAAUAAUAAUAAUAAAUUUAUAAUUUAUUUAUACUCCGCCCAUCUGGAGGAGAGCAAGAGUUUCUCUUUGUGAAGAAUAUGGCGGUUGCUAAUGUAGACCCCUUUUUUCCUACUGAUGCAGGGAGCAUGGGCACACAAUUUAUUGUCUUUUUCUACUCUUUUAGCUAAUGUUAGUGGUCCUGAGAAAAGCAACUCAGGAGGCAUCCCCUUUAAAUAUUUACAGGAUUGUAUCCCAGCAUUGACCUUGAACAACUGCAAAGGUCUAUGAGCCAGCAGAAUGUUUCUGCUAUUAUAUUUAAUUCAAAGUCCGCCUUUUUGCAAGGAGCUCAAUGGAAGGGGAAGAGUUUUUGCCAAUUUAGUGUUCUCCCUGCACCUCUGAUGUUCUAGAACUGGUUUUUUAUAUAUAUAUAUAUAUAUAUAUAUAUAUAUAUAUAUAUAUAUAUUCCUCACUAUCUAUUAGUGAGAAGAAUGAUGGUAGGUUCAGCUGUAUUCUGUACAGAGUUCAUGGAUAAAAGAAAAUGGCCGAUGCUUUGAGCUAAUUUAGAUACAGUACAGUAGUUGCAUGUUAAGUAAGGUGUUAUCAUUUUAAACUAUUCCAUCUUUUUCAGAUUGAAGCUCUAAAAUCUCUUUCACAGUCAGAACUAGUUGACUGGUUUCAAGCACACAGAGGUAAAGAAAGGAAAGUGCUUAGUGUACAUGUGAGUAUUUAUGCUUUUAAAAAUGUAUUUGUCAGGGUCAGCCGAGACUAAUCUGUGUUGGAAGUCCCUGGCUUAGAGGCUGAGCACAUAUUUGUUGUUUCUGCAGUUACCAGGGCAGAGGUAGUUGAAACUCUUUUUUCUGCAAGGCUAGAAAGCAUUCAAUCUACCCCCACAAUACUUGUUUACUUAUGGAUUGUGUAUUUUGGUGGGGGUGUUGGGGGUGGGCAAGUAGGUGCAAGGCUUUUGAGCUUCCAGUAAACAGUAGAAGCAACCAAAAGGUUCACUCAAAGGUUUAGCGUUACAAUCCUGGUUCUGUAGUAACUUGGAUGUAGAAUUGUAUAUAUGCAGAGCAGCUGAGUAAAGAGCACUUGUAGCAGAGUAGAAUAUUAGCUGUUACUAAAGGAGUCAUAGCUCAUGCAGGUACCCAUGCCUGGUUUAGGGUGAAUUUAGGAAAGUGAAUCAUAGUUAUGGAGGUAAGGCUGCAUUUUGUUUGUUGUGAAAUUUAUCAGCUGGUAACUUUGCUAUUUUGAAAUUGCAGGUGGUUGGAUUUGGAGUACAUGAAGGUGAUACAGAAGCUUCAUCUCUCACUAAUGUUCACAGUCCCUCAUGCAAUGAAAUACCUCAGCUAAUGUUUUUGGACUCUUCGUCUUUGACCGAUAUCACUUGUAUCAAGGACAUCAAAGUGUAUACAUCAGCACUCAAUGUUCUCCCAUACCAUAAGAUAUUAAAAUAACUCAUCUCGGAGUGCUAUAACGUGUAGUACAACUUCACUACUGAGCAGCUUGGGGAGUCUGCUUUACUACAAUGAAUCCAACCUAUCAUGCUUUCUGGAAAAUACGUAGCAUAAUACCUUCCACUGUCUUAAGUAAUCUGCUACAUGCAUGUCCUUGAAGAGAGAAGGUAUAAGCAAGUGUGUUCUUGGUGAAGUGGGUAAAAUAUAGGAAGAUAAAAAUCUUACAUCAAAAUAAAGGGCUGGACCCACCAGCAAUCUAACAUAUUAGGUCUUUUUGUUUGGAGUGCUAUUUACGUAGAUAAAAUGGGGUCAAGUUGAAGUAUCGGGUAUCAAGUCCCCAAGACAUUUUGUGUUUUGUUUGGGGAACAGAAGUGAUUUAACAGGAUUCUCUGGAGAGGAGUUGAUUACUUAAUAAAUCUGCCUGUCUGUAACAACAUCUUUGGCCUUAAAAAAAGGAAAUAAGAACCAUUUGCAUGAGAAUUCAGGAUGAGUGCUCAGAUUCCAUGUGCAAUAAACUAAUGAGAUCUCAAGUUCUGGUUUUUUAUGUACAGGCUGUUAGAUGGACUGCAGAACCCCUUAACUUUGCAUUAACUUUAAUUUUAGAAAGUGUAGCCCUUGUUGAAGGAAAUGCAGUGCUGUUAAUUUGAUAACAAGUUUGGAAGACAGCCUACUUCAGCUCACAAGACCCUCCCUAUAUAAACAGCUCAGGCCCCAUAGAUCAUUUUCUAAACUCAUUACCUGCAAUGGGACACAUUCAAAUGUGCAUUCUCCUGUGGGUAACAGUUUGUCAUAUAAAGCUUUACAAAGACCAAAACAAGCCAGACAGUUCUACUGAGUUUUUGAGGGAAAGGAGAACUCAAGACAGCCCAUUCUGUACUGAGAGAAUGGGUGGGAUAGGGUGCCUAGGGCAGGCUAGAGGCUCUAUAGGCAAAGUAAUGUACACCUUCUUACCUAGUCAGUCCCCAUCCUUCAGUAGACAACAGUAAGCAACCGGACAGAAGGAAGUGAUGCCUCAAAUAACCCUACCACCUAUUUUCAGUGCAGAGUAGGGGUUGUCUGGCUCCACCCCACCUCAGAGAAUCUGCUAAACCCAAAACACAAGCUUGCAUAUGCUAUAUAGCCCCAUUAUACAAAGACUAUAAAAUGAGGCAGUGAUUUUGCACACAAUUUAAGAGCAACCCAUGACAACUCUUAAUCAGCUUGCUUCACCCAGCUUUCCUACUCAAAUCAGCUCUUAUGCAUCUCACCUAGCUAACUCAGCCUGUUGCACUCACAGACUGUCUCAUUAGGGAAACACUGACUCUAUACAUUUGUCCCAGUACUACAGGAGUUUUCAAUAGUGAUUCUACAGUGGGUAUUAGGCAGCUGCAGCACCAGAGUAAAAGCACAAGUCACUCAGAUUACCUUGAUUCUGGAUACAGCACAUAUUAAAGCAGUAGGGUUUUGUUUUUUUUGCUAUUUAAUCAUAACUGGUCUUAGAUAGGUUGGUCACCCUACCAGAGCAUUUAUGUUUUGCCUAUUAUUGCCUAUAUAAUGUUUCUGGCCAAGUCUAGUUACCAGUCUAGAAGGCGAAAGGAAAAAGAGAGGCCAGUAAAAGCCAGCCGACUGCGCUCAACGCAAUUAGCAGAAACAGGAAUGCAGUAAAAUUGGUUUCAACACAAGUGCUUGGGUCAAAUUGUGACCAACCAUCUUCUGAACUACUAGCACUGCUGAACAGAAGAACCUGGUUACUUAGAUUGUGUUUGUAAUCAUAUUUCAGAUGACAACCAUAUAUAUAAGAGGUUGCUUUUGUUUGCUUGUAUCUCAUACUGCCCUGGGUAUUUUCAAGUGCAUAUGAGUAUAUCCCUGUUUAACAGCAAAACACAUUCUUAGCAUUGUUUAACUUGAAUAUAAUGCUCUUUCAAAGCAUUCUUGCUGUGAAAAGGUUUACUCUGGAAUAAAACAAUGCAUACAAUUGAAAAUCUAUUUUAUGAAGCAUUAUAGAUGCACCAGCAGGAACCAAAUGGUAAUCUAAAAUUACAUUUUAGUUUCUAAAAAUACCAAAGUUAUUUUGGGGAAACAAUGAAAUGCCAAAAAAAUGAUUUCUUUAAAAAACCCAAAACAUACCAGUUGGUAGAUUAGAAUCUUGCGUUUUCUAAACUGGCAGAAUGAAUCCUCAUAUUUACACAAAUUAACUGGCUCUAAUGAAAUAAAGUCAUGUAUUUGUAGGAUGCCAGAAUCAUAUGUAACUGGAAUCAAAUGCCCCAUUGCACCUUUUACAGCAGUGGUUAAAACAUAUAUGAUGGGGAUCAAGCCCAGGUUAAUUCUUCUAGAAGCAUGGGAGGUCAGACAGGAAAGGCCAAUAUAAAUUACUGCUACACAGUCAAGGCUCUUCCUGUUUUAAUUGUUCGCUGCAUCAGUGAAUCCAGUAUCCCUGAGAUAGGAACUGUAACUGGAGGAGACAGGCUCUCCAAAAGAAGAGUACUUGAAAGUUACAACUAUCGCCACUAAGCCAAGGCUUCAACUUCAUGGUGGUCCACUUAAUAUUUACUGGCAGCAAGUCGCUUGAGUAGUGGUUCAUCAUAAACCCAGCAUUCGCCAUCUUCAUGGAAUAGCUGGAAGAGAAGAGUACUCAAUUAAUAGUGUCACAGGAGGAACAGGGAAGAAGAAGAAGAAGGAGAAGAGUUUGGAUUUGAUAUCCCGCCUUUCACUCCCCUCCAGGAGUCUCAAAGCGGCUAACAAUCUCCUUUCCCUUCCUCCCCCACAACAAACACUCUGUGAGGUGAGUGGGGCUGAGAGACUUCAAAGAAGUGUGACUGGCCCAAGGUCACCCAGCAGCUGCAUGUGGAGGAGCAGAGACGCGAACCCGGUUCCCCAGAUUACGUGACUACCGCUCUUAACCACUACACCACACUGGCUCUCUACAGGGAGAUUUACAAAGGUACUGAUUAUUGAGUAAAACGUACCCGUGUCUCCCAUGGAAUCUCUUUCUCCUUUCUGGCUCUGGCUUCAGCUCUUUGUCUUUCUUCAAGCCUAUGCUUUGCUUCAGUAGCUGAAUCAAUGUCUCUGAUCUUUAAGUUGUAAGUUACAUCUUUCCAUAAGCUAAAAAAAUAAGAAUAUUUAUACAUCAUGAUACAAAACUCAUUUCUUAUCGCGGGUUCAGGAGAAAUAUUUUAAACUAAGAUGAGGGGGAAAUCAUCCAUGAAGGAAGAUAAAUAGGCAGGUGGCCAAUUUUGUUUCAAACCCUUGAUGACUGACAUUCAUCCCAUGUUACUGCUCAUAAUCCACGUUAUAUGCAAUAAAUAAAUGAUUUAUUUCCUAG